AUAACCGGUGUAAACAAAACAGGAUCACGGAGGAUCUCAAAACGCUGAGAAUGGAAGAGGGUGAGGAGAAAAAACGGAGAAUGCCACUGAAGUACAAGGGGAAGUUCAUAUCGCAGAAGAGUUUCGAUCACAAAAUGAGGAUGAAAUUGGCGGUGGCUGAGGCCUGGAAGAAGAGACACGAGAGAGCUCAGGCCGAGAGUUUGAGGGUUAUGGCAGAACCUGUGGCUCAAGUGGAGACUGCAAAACGCCCGGAUUUCAACACUUUCGUUGGCAGUCGCAUUGUCGACUUGGAGGUCCUCGUGAAGAGCUUGAAGUGCGGCAAGUGCAAACAAUUUCUUUCACUGCAAAAUCUUGUGCACGAGAGACGAAUCGGACUCUAUUCUGUCUUCAAUGUUUGGUGUCUUCGGUGCAAGAUUAUCAGUGAGGUUCACACUGGCACCGUGCAGAUCGAGGGGAGUCGAACGCAGGUUCCUGAUAUCAACAGGGAAAUUGUUCAUGCCUCUUGUACAGGUUCAGUGAAUGCUGACAUCUCCUGCAAAUCCUUGAAUCAAUUCCUGGAUUCAUUGGACAUUCCCACUCUCUCUGCUAAACUAUUCAAAAAACAUAAGAAUGAGCUGUAUGCGACUGAAGAGGAUGCAUCAAAGGAAUGCAAUGGUGAGGGUGUUGAUGAGAAUGAUGACUCGAUGAGGGAAGACAACGGCGAAGCUCCUGAUGAGAACGAAGAUGCAUCACGAGGAGAAAAUAGUCAAGUUCUCGAUGAGAAUGAAGAUGCAUUGAGAGAAGACAACAGUCAAGUCCUUAAUGGGGAUGAGAAUGCAUCGAAGGAAGACAAUAAUGAAGCUCUUGGGGAGAACGAGAAUGUUCCACAAGAAGAUAACGUUAACGCUCCCGAUGAAAAUGAAAAUGCAUCGAAAGAAGACAACAAUAAAAUUGUUGAUGAGAAUGAAGAGGCAUUAAAAGAUGACAACACUCAAGUUCCUGAGGGAAACGAAAAUGCAUCAAGAGGUGAGAAUAGCCAAGUUCUAAAUGAGAUUGAAAAUGCAUCAGAAGAAAACAGCGCUAAAGUUCUUGACGAAAAUGGCUCUCAACAGGAGAUGAUCAACUCUUAGGGUAAGAGGAAGUAAAUACAUCCCAUUCUGCAAUGUUUUCUUCAAUUAAAGGCUCAUGAUAUUACCUAAGAUAAGAAGUUAAAGAUAUUCUCCAUCCUUUGUACGUUGUAAAAACUCCUAAUGCAAAAUAAAUUUUGAUAUAAAACAAAUUCACUAAAAUAUUGUUAAAGGAGUAAUUCAAACUUUCUUUAUUAAAGUUUAGUGUAAAAACGACUCAGUAGUGGAUAUAAUUAUUGAACCUGGAAGUGAAAAUAAAGGAAUAUAAACAAA